GCUACGUUGGCCUCACGGAGCAUGCGCGCCGAUGACGUCAGCGCGGAAGAUGGCGGCGUCGCGGAAGACGGGAUCCAGAGACUCAGCGAUGGGAAUAUUCGCAGUUUUUCUGUCACUACAGAUCCUUUCUGUGAGCUGCACAUCUGUAGCGAAAGCUGGUGUGGCUCAGAAGACAGGCAUCCAGAACGACAGACGUCUAGACAGUCACUCGGGCCAGGUGACGAAAUCAACGCAAGCUCCCGCUAUCGACAUCAGCACCAUAGCAGCAGACGCUCCCACCGCUCCACCUACGGCUGCUGCCGCAGACCUGCACGAAACCACUCCAAACCAGACUACUAUCAAGCCACCAGAGCCCACCAGCACACCUGCAAACAAGCCCACCGCCGUCUCCACCCCUGCAGCUCACAAAACUGACAGCACCUCGCACUGGCCAUGCGGUCGGCAACAGCAUCACAGUAAUGUGGCUUGUUUUUCAUCCACAGCUGGUGUGGCUCAGAAGACAGGCAUCCAGAACGACAGACGUCUAGACAGUCACUCGGGCCAGGUGACGAAAUCAACGCAAGCUCCCGCUAUCGACAUCAGCACCAUAGCAGCAGACGCUCCCACCGCUCCACCUACGACUGCUGCCGCAGACCUGCACGAAACCGCUCCAAACCAGACUACUAUCAAGCCACCAGAGCCCACCAGCACACCUGCAAACAAGCCCACCGCCAUCUCCACCCCUGCAGCUCACAAAACUGACAGCACCUCGGAUUACAUGGGCGACCGCACGUCUCCAGAAGCAGACAUGGGCUUUGGAGACGACGAUGAUGACGGUGAUAAUUUUGGUGAAAACUUCACUGAGCCACCUCAAAACAUCGGGGGUGUGACGAAAGACCCUGACAGCCUUCAAAACAAGGACACAAGCAUCUACACCCAGGAUCAAGACUCCCACUUCUUCUUUCAUCUGGUCAUCAUCGCCCUUCUGGUGGCCAUCGUGUACAUCACCUACCACAACAAGAGGAAGCUGAUGCUGCUGGCUCAGAGUCGCCGCUGGCGGGACGGUUUCUGCUCGCGCGGGGUGGAGUAUCACCGGCUCGAACAGAACGUCAACGAGGCCAUGCCCUCGCUCAAGAUGACCAACGAUUACAUCUUUUGAAGAAAUGCAAACAGCUGAUUUUGUCCUCACAUUAUGUCUUAUUUAAUCAGGGGAGGAGAGAUUGUGCUUUAGUAGUGUGUUUGUGUGCACUCUUCAGAAGGUCUUCGGUUCUGCUUCUUGUUUUCUUCGGUGUCUAUAAAAGCAAACGGUUUUGCUCUACUUUUAAUCAUUUUUGAAGGAAAGCAAAUGAAGGGCUGUCUCUGUAAAUAUUUGAUUAUAAACCUGCUAUCUGUCACGUAUAAGCCUAGAACAAAAUACAGAUGAUUAUUUCGAGUCGUGUUCAGCUCAGCUCAUACGAAGCCAUGCUAACUCCAGUACAGCGUUGGAUGUGUGUGUUUGCUUUGCAGCCGGUUUGGGCUGGUCGCCUUUCUGUUUGUGUUAUGACUUCAGUGAAGUUGUUUUAUAGGAGCCGGGUCCACCGUUGCCAAAGCUCGGGAGAUUUAUGGGAAAUUAGCGUGCAACUGUUUUUAUUCACUGCUAUAAGCAUUGCCCCAUCUCAACACGACUGUAGCAGCAGCAGCCGGAGGCGUCGUAUAUCAGUAUGUGUGUGCGCAAAUCUGCUUCAGCUACAAUACUAAUAACUAGGGUUUCAAAAAGGUGGAAAAUAUCCAGUAAAUUUCGGAAACAUUCCAGGAUUUUUUUGGAAUAUUCCAGGGAUUUUUUGGAAAUUUUCCACCCCUCUGCAACCCUACUAAUAACACACAUUGCAGCAUCUUCAUCUCUGAUUUCCAGCAGAGCACAUGAAGGUUGUGUCUGUGCAUGAAGACAGCAUAUUGAUUUCCUCUUCAAUCAGUAUAAAUUGUUCAUCAAUAAAGCACCUCUGUAUGCACA